AUGGAUUUACGAAGCACAAUAUAUUCCACCUUAUCGGCCGACCAGUCAACGCGACAACAAGCAGAGAUCGCCCUUAAGCAUGCCGAGUCGAGCCCAGGGUUUAUCCUGGAGUUGUUGAGCCUGGUCGAGACCGAGCAGGACUUGGGAGUACGACAAUCAACCGCCAUCUACCUCAAGAAUCGAGUCUCACGAGCAUGGCCCACCGAGAAUCCCAUACACCAACCCAUACCAGAUCAAGAUCGGAAACCCUUUCGCGACCGCCUCCUUCCCGUCGUUGCAAAUUCUCCGCCUCAGAUUCGUUCACAACUCGUUGCGAUCCUUCAGACGAUACUGCAAAAUGAUUUUCCGAAAAAGUGGCCCGAGUUUAUGAACAUUACAGUCCAGCUACUGAAUGAACAGAACGCGAAUUCAGUAUUCGCUGGCCUUCAGUGUCUUCUGGCAGUAUGUCGAACUUACCGUUUCAUGACGGGUCAAGAGAGGUCGAACCUGGACAAUGUGGUACAUGCUGCCUUUCCGAUGAUCUUGGCCAUUGGUGGCAGACUGGUAGACGACACGAGUCUAGAGGGUGCUGAGAUGUUGAGGAUGGUGGUGAAAUGCCAUAAACACGCUAUAUAUUACGAGCUGCCCAAACCAUUACAGACGCACGAGGCGACCGUCGACUGGUGCACGUUAUGCCUGAGAAUUAUUACCAAGAAUCCCCCACCACAUGCCUUGGCUGAGGAUAUUGACGAGAGGGAACAGAACCACUGGUGGAAAUCAAGGAAAUGGGCGUAUGCGAACCUAAACCGCCUCUUUGUAAGAUAUGGCAACCCAAAUGGACUUUCAACGGACUCGAAAAAGGAUUAUGAGGCCUUUGCGAAGAAUUUUAUCACAAACUUCGCCCCCGAGAUUAUGAAAGGCUAUCUUACAGAAAUUGAAAAAUGGGUUGGUGGUAACUACUGGCUAAGCAAACCAUCACUCUCUUAUACAAUGAUCUUCUUAGAAGAAUGUGUAAAGCCGGCUGCGACGUGGGAUCACCUGAAGCCACAUAUGGACGUUUUGAUCAAACAUCUGAUCUUCCCUGUAUUAUGUCAAUCAGAAGAGGAUUUGGAAAUGUUUGCUGAUGAUCCGACCGAAUACCUGCACCGAAAGCUGAACUAUUAUGAAGAGUCAAGCUCUCCUGACAUGGCUGCAACAAACUUCCUGAUCGCCCUCACCAAAUCGAGAAAGAGUCAGACCUUCGCAGUUCUGUCGUAUGUGAACGAGGUUGUUACAAGAUAUGAGUCGGCCCCUGACGACCAGAAACUGCCGAGAGAAAAGGAAGGCGCUCUGAGAAUGAUCGGUUCUCUUGCCACUGUUAUUCUAGGCAAAAAGAGUCCUAUCGCUGAUCAGGUCGAGUACUUCUUUGUCAGGCACGUAUUUCCAGAAUUUCAGUCACCACACGGCUUUCUUCGAGCGCGUGCCUGUAACACCUUGGAGAAGUUCGAGCAAUUGGACUUCAAGGACGAGAAUAACCUGCUCCUCAUCUAUAGCAAUAUCCUGAAAUGUAUGGCGGAUCAAGAACUGCCUGUUCGUGUCAUGGCUUCCUUGGCUCUACAGCCGCUCAUCAGGCACGAAAUCAUCAGAACAGCUAUGCAGCAAAACAUCCCUCAAAUCAUGCAUCAGCUUCUGAAAUUAGCAAACGAGGUCGAUGUUGAUUCCUUGGCCAAUGUCAUGGAGGACUUUGUUGAGGUCUUCAGUGAGCAACUCACACCUUUUGCCGUAGCACUAUCCGAACAGCUACGAGACACCUACCUCCGAAUUGUACGGGAGCUGCUUGAGAAGAAUGAGGCCAAAGCCUCCAACGGUGAUGCGCCUGAAUAUGGUGAAUAUUUGGACGACAAAUCCAUUGCUGCAUUGGGUGUUUUGCAGACAAUUGGCACACUUGUGCUCACACUGGACGCAUCUCCCGAUGUCCUCAUGCACUUAGAAACGAUAUUGCUGCCAGUCAUCCAAACGACUCUACAGAACAAACUCUAUGACCUCUACAACGAGAUCUUCGAGAUCAUCGACUCAUGUACAUUCGCCUCGAAAUCAAUAUCCGAUACCAUGUGGCAGGCAUUCGAGCUCAUGCACAAGACCUUCAAGGAAGGCGCAGAGCUUUAUCUCGAAGACAUGCUUCCUGCUCUAAACAACUUUGUAUCGUAUGGCAAUGAGCGACUCAUACAGCACCUACCAUAUUUGACUGCCAUGGUGGGAAUGAUAGAGGACAUCUUUCACGAUCCCAAGGUGGGAGGUGUUGACCGAAUCUGUGGUUGUCGAUUGGCCGAAGCUCUUAUGCUACACCUGCCGGGCGGAUCUAUGACCCCAUUCCUGCCUAAAUUUGUCGAACUGGCUAUGCAGAAACUGGUUGAGCAGAAAAACCCAGUGAAGAGUUUGAAAAUACAUUUACUGGAAUUGGUAAUCAAUACCAUCUACUACAACCCAGGGCUCACUUUAGCAUACCUGGAGCAGAACAAUUGGACGAACAAGUUCUUCAGCAUGUGGUUUGGCAGUAUAGAACUCUUUAGGCGCGUGCACGACAAGAAGCUAUGUAUUGCGGCGAUCUCAGCUCUGCUUGCAAUCCGAGCAGAAGACGUCCCUGGUUCUGUACAAACCGGGUGGCCUAGACUGCUGACAGGAGCGACAUACAUGUUCAAGACCCUGCCGGCUGCGGAAAAGCAUCGUGAGGAAGCCGCCAAGGCCGACAACGAAGGCGACUACAGCGACGAUAUUUAUGCUUCUGAGGACGAAACCGAAGACUGGACGGAAGAGGUAAACACGCAGCAAUGGGGCGGUGUCAACGCAGCUGAAGUACCAGAUACGACAAAAGGCGAUAUCAAGGAUGAAUCGCAGGCUUAUCUGGACUUCCUCAGCGAGGAGGCCAAGAAAUUCGGCGCUCUAGCUGAGGAUGACGAUGACAGCAUGAUAGACGAAGACAACUUUUUUGAAAGCCCACUCGAUAAGUUCGACCCCUACACCACAUUCCGACACGCCAUGACCAUGCUGCAACAAACUCAGCCACAACUUUACGAAAGUCUGACCAGCGUGCUAGAGCAGAAUGACAAGGACUUCUUGCAGAGGACGUUGCAACCACCGGUACAGCAAUAG